AGUUGGCGUUUGUCAAGAGAUUUUCUCUAUUGCUUUAGUUUUUUUUUUAUUAUUUCAAAGUAAAAAAAAAGUAAAAAAGGAGAAAAAAAAAUUUCUUUUAGAUUUUUUUAAAAGCAGACGCGGUGUUGUGUUUUCGUUUUUUUUGUUUCUUGAAAUUAAAGAAAAGUAAUAUUAAUUAAUUUUAUUUUGUUUUUUUUUUUGAUAAAAAGAAAAUUAAAUUUUAUUUAGUUGAUUUUUGCUUUCACAAAAAUAAAUUAAAGAAUUAACAAUAAAAUCAAAAAUUUUUAUUCAAAUAUAAAAGCAAAAAUUUUGUGUAAAAUUUCAAGAGUUGGAAAUUGGUUGAUGGUGUGUCGUGUUUAAAACCUUGUCACAGAAGAAAAAAAAAAGUAUUUUUUGAAAAAUUAUUCGAAUGGUUCUCUAGUCAGUCAAACUAACAAAAAAUAAAUUUUUUUUACAAAAAUAUUAUUAAUUCACUUUUAAUAAAAAAAAAAAUUAAAAAGGAAUAAUAGAUGUGAUUUUAGAAAUAUAAUAUUUAGAAGGUUUAAAAUAAAAUUUAUUAAGAAAAUAAAAAUAUAAAUUAUUUUGCUUUAAAGUAAUUCCAACCGGAGGUGUGAUAUUAUUUUGAGCGCGUUCUAAAUAGGUUAUAAUUGUAUUACUAGCGAGAAAAAUAUAAAAAUAGCAAAAUCUAAAUUUAUAAAGUGCUUGUAACAAUAUAUUAUUAAUAUUUUCAAAAAGAAAACUUAAACAGUAUAAACAAUUUUAUAUUUGUAUUUAAAUAUACAAAUAUAAAAAAAGAAAAUCAAAUCUUCAAUUCAAAAUUUUUAUAAAAAGCCAAAUCACGGAUUUUUCAAAUAAAUUUCAUAUUGAAAUGAGUGGAUUUAACUCGGAUAUAAAAACAAGCAUGGAAAAUAGUCGUAACUGCUUAAGACGUAUUGCACGUCAUGAUGAAAAACAAUUUUCAAAAGACAGUUUAGUUAAUGUCAUGGAAAAAUUUGUUAAAACUGUUAAUGCAAUGGAUGAAACAAUUUUAGUACCAUGCAGGCUCAUGGAUAGACAGGUCGGUGAUUCAACUGAUAUAAUUCAAGUACCACCAAAAACAUCAGCAUCACAUCAAAUAACAAAUAAUAUUAAUGGUGUUAAAAAACAUCGUCAUCAAACUGUACAUGAAUUUUUAAAUUCAGCUGAUUUAUUUAAUAUAUAUUCAAUGUUAAAUUCAUUAAAAAAUGAUUUAUUAUGGACACGUAAUGAUGAUGAUGAUUGUGAUAUUAUAAAUAAUACAAAUGUAAAUACAAUAAUGUCACAAAUAUCAAUUUGUUCAACAACAUCAUCAUUAAAUGAACCGAUACAAUUACAACACCAACAAGAUGAACAACAAACAAAAAUCACAUCAUCAAGCACAAUGAUUAAUUUACAACAACAAAAUGGUAAUAGUAAUAUUGUUGGUGUUAAUAGUAAUAAUAAUAAUGGUGCAACACAACAAAAUACAAAUUCAACAACAACAACUAAAGGACAUAAUCGUCGACCAUCAACAGCUAGUAUGACAUCAGCAAAUUCAGUAAGUAAUCUCAGUGAUUCAGAAUCAGAAAUAUCAAAUGAAAAUGAUUCUGGUAUGGAAUCUGAAGGUAAUUGUAAUGGCAGUCAAAGUGGUGGUAGUACAACUGGUAGCAGUUGCGGUCAACAAAAUUUAGAUAGAGCUACAGAAUUGGCUAGACAAUGUAGACAACAUUUAGCUGGUUUACAUAGAUGUUUAGAACAAAUGACUGAAGCUGCUAAUUAUCUAACUGCUAGAUAUCAAAGUGAUGUUGGUCCUGUUUAAAUAAAACAAAAAAAAAAAAUAAUUAUUUAAUUAUUAUCAAUAAAAUUUAUAUAUAUAUAUAUAUAAAUAUAUAUUAAUUAAUUCUAUAAUAUACGAUAUAGGUAUAUGUAUAUGUAAUUGUAACAAAAGAAAAAAUAAAUAAAAACAGAUUAUUAUAUAUACAAAAAAAAAAUUACUAAAGAAAAAUAUAAAAAAAAAAUAUUAAACAAACACAUUACAAAAGAAAAAAAUAUAAAAAAUUAAACAAAAUAAAUUUAUUUAAAGAAAAGAAAAAAUUAUAAGUGUAUAUAUUGAAAAAUAUAUGUGUAAAUUAUAUUUAAAUAAAAUAUUCCAUAAUGUUUGCUAAAAUUUAGUUAAAAAAUUAAAUCAAAAAAAAAAAAUAUAAAAAAUCUUUAAAAAAAAUUAAACAAACACACAAUACAAAAUUCAAAAAUUUAUAUAAAAAAAAAAUUAAAGAAAAAUUUAAAAAAAAAAAUAUUAAAUUUAGAAAUAAAGGGAAAAAAAUGAGGGAUGCAGGUGAUUAUUUAUGUUACGAUUUUGUUUUAUUUUUAUGUUUUUUUUUCGCUAACUAAUUCCAAAGAUUGAUAAGAAAGGAAAAGAAGAAAAAAGAAUUAGAAAAAAAGAAAAAUAAUUUUGAGAAUAUGGGCGAAAUUUACGGUGAAAAAGAGAGAAAGAGAAUU